GACACUUCAAGCUUUGAUGUGGGUUCAUCCCAUGAUAUCCAGAUGUGUCGUUUCAGGGGGGUGGCUUCGAGAAAGACAAAAAAUGUAGCCUUGCAUAAUUGUCUACAGCCUUGUGUCUAUACCCUUUUAUAUUUGCCCCGCUAAAACUUUUUUGCUUAAACAAUUACCAAGUCAAUCACUUCCAGCAAGUUUUAUGUAUUGAUCAGGGUAUUCUUGAUUGAUCCGAUAUAAAUAGUGGCUACUAUUAUAAAUCGCAUUCAUUCGAGGCUGAGGGCUGGAACCCGCCAACUUCUACCCUUUCAAAUUCGAGGAAUCAUGGCUGCUUCAAACGGGUGUCCAGUCGGUGAGACUACAGUUCCAGAUGCCAUUGUAUCUGAGAAGGUUGCCAAUGGCUCUAGCAAUGUAGCCAAAAAACUUCAUGGUCGUGCUUUUUAUGAAAGUAUCGGUAGUCCUAAAUUCGUACUCGCGCCCAUGGUCGACCAAUCUGAAUUUGCGUGGCGCAUGCUCUCCCGUUCUUUUAUGUCCCCUGAAUCCAACAAAUCUCUAGUGGCAUACUCACCUAUGUUUCAUGCGCGCAUGUUUUCCGAAACUCCAAAGUUCCGCGAUGCGCACUUUCAACCGAUGAAAAGCUCGCUGGUUUCUCAGCUGGGUUCAUCUUCGACUACUCCAAAGGAGGAGCUAUUUCUCGAUGGAAACCCGGCUUUUGAUAGGCCUCUUUUCGUACAAUUCUGCGCGAAUGAUGAGAAAGAGUUACUUGAGGGAGCAAAAUUUGUAGCGCCAUUUUGUGAUGCUGUGGAUUUGAAUCUGGGAUGUCCGCAGGGAAUUGCGCGGAGAGGAAAAUACGGCGCAUUUUUGCAAGAGGACCAGGGAUUAAUCUUUAGGUUGAUCAAUACACUACAUAAGGAAUUGGAUGUGCCUGUUACGGCGAAAAUCAGGAUACUGGAUACAAGGGAAAAGACGCUGGAUUAUGCAAAGAUGGUGAUCAGUGCUGGAGCGAGCAUUUUGACGGUACAUGGAAGAACGAGGGAGAUGAAAGGACAUAAAACUGGAUUAGCGAACUGGGAGAUGUUGAGGUUUUUGAGGGAGAGUCUACCAAAGGAGGUGGUUCUUUUUGUGAAUGGAAAUAUUCUGGCUAGGGAAGAUAUUGAUGACUGUUUGAAAGCGACAGGUGCGGAUGGUGUAAUGAGCGCGGAGGGAAAUUUGUAUGAUCCAACGAUUUUUUCGGAUGCGCCAGCUCCAGGAGAGGAAGGGAGAGAGUAUUGGAGAAGUUUGGACGGAAAGAUGGGGGGUUGGAGAAUGGAUGCUGUGUUGAGGAGGUACUUGGACAUUAUUUAUAAAUAUGUUUUGCAAGUGUCACCACCGGAGAGAAAGCCACUGUUCAUAUCUUCGGAUCCACCAGAAGAGAUGAAGGAAGAGGUAGAGGAAGAAGAGGAAGAAGGUCCACCGAGAAAGAAACAAAAGAGUGAAAAGAAGGAGAGGACUACAAGCCCUAGUCUGGUGGCCAUGCAACCACAUUGUUUUAAACUACUCAGACCAUUGGUUUCAAAACAUCAUGGGAUCAGAGAUGCAUUGGCUAAAAGCAGAGCGGGAGAUAUAAAAGCCUUUGAAAAUGUUCUCCAAAUGACGGAGAAGGUUGUUAAAGAGGGUAUUUUAGAAUAUGAGAGAACUAAUGGGGAAAGUUAUAAGGAAGAAGUUGAGAGAGCAGAAAAGGAAAGAGAGGAGAAAAUGAAGGGGGGUGGGAAGGGGGCCAAUGGGAGAGGAGGGACAAAUGGUGAUGGAGAGGGGAAUGGGGAAGUGCAAUUUGAAGAAAGUAGUUUGGAAACGGUUAGGAGAUGUAAGAGGCCGUGGUGGGUGGUACAGGCUUAUGUGAGACCACUGCCUAUGGAGGCUUUGGCGAAGGGGAGUUUGACUUUGAGUAGAAAAGAGAGGGGUGGGAAGGGAGAGGAGAAGGGGGAAGAGAAGAAGGUGGUGGAGGAGAAGAAAGUCAAUGGGGCUGGGUCUGAGGAGGGAGGGAAGGUAGAAGUCCAGGCUGUGGGCGAGGGGGAUGGGGAGAAGAAAGGGGAAAUGGAAACAGUAGAAGUACCAAAAGAUGGCUUGGUUUGUGGAUAAAAUUCAUUUUGUUAAAAUUCAGGUGGAUGGGUAGGUGUGGCAUACAUAGCAAGGCGCAUAUAGACAUACAUAGCAUAUCAUAGCAUAGCAGGAUUACUCGAAUACUCUCCUACACUUAUUAGAGGUAAAUGGUAGGCGAUAAUUAAAUAAAUAGAAUGGAAGACUUGCAAGAGGAAAGAAGAGGAGAGAAGAGAUCAAGUGCUGAUCUUCUCCUUUACUUUAUAUUUAUAUUAUAUUUGUUUCUGAAUGAAUGGGCGAAUUCUAUGAAAUGCGGAUUUUGAUUGAUAGACGAGAGAUGAUAGAUGGUGGAUAUACAGUUUGUAAGUUGUAACUUUUACACCCCCCCUUUUGAACGAUGAAAUUUAAACGAGUCGGUUCGUAAGUGGUGUGA